AUGCUCUCGGAGGAGGAGGAAGAGGAUCACCCGUCCCUACUUGUAACUGCACCCCACGGCCAGCACGGCGCAUCAUCAGAUCAUCCGCCAGCAGAAAGUGCAUCAGCACAUCAGUCGCCCGCAGACCAUGAUGCAACAUCUCUGCCUGGCCAGUGCUCUGAGUUUUCGUCCGGUCAUCGACAGGGCGAUUUGCGAUUGUACAAACAGCGGUUCAGGGAAGAGUCGCAAAAGGUGCUAGAGGUGCCCAGAGAAGCAGAUGCCUUCGAGUUUGCCCCUGUAGUUGUUGGCGACCUGGAGUGA